CCUCCGGUUGUUUUUCAAUUUCUUUCUCAUUUCUUGAUUUAAUGAUUGAAUUUCAAUUAUUUUCUUCAUUGUUUUGACUAAAUUUUGUCGUAUUUGCUGAUUGAUAAUUAAAACUAUGCCUUCUCAAGAAGUAGUUUAUAAUCUAAUUGACGCGGAGUUGAAGCCUUCACAUUUGACUGUUGAAGAUUUUUCUGAUGGAUGUGGAUCUAAAUUUAAUUGUGUCAUCGUCUCAUCACAAUUUGAAGGAAAACCAUUACUUGAACGUCAUCGAAUGGUCCAUAGUGCGCUUGGAGAUACAAUGGGAACAAUUCAUGCAUUGACACUGAAAACUUAUACCAAUGAACAAUUUGAGAAGAUCAGUAAUAAAUCAUGAAUAAGGAUCGAUCAGUGUGAUUUCAAUCUAUUAUCUGAUUCAGUUAUAGUCAUGAAGAGGUAUUGAGGAUGAUGGUGAUGAUCAAUUCUAAGAUAUUUGCAAAAAACUUACUGUUAUCUUGAAAUUAGCAGUUUAUAAAUAUUUUGGCAAUUCUA